AAUACAAGCGCGGGUAAGGGUGGCCGCUGGGCUCCGCGUGCGCGCGGGACGACCUUUGUGCGGGGCAGGUCCCUGGCACCCCAGAGCUCAGACUCGCUGCGGUCGCGGAACCAAGCGUCUCGGAGGCCGCGCCGGUUUCGGGGCACCGCUGCCAUGGACAUCCCGCCUCUAGCCGGCAAGACCGCUGCGAUGUCUCUUGGCGCCCUGCCAGUGUCCUACGCGCUCAACCACAUCUCGGCGCUCUCACAGCCUUUGUGCGCAGUGCUGAUGAGUGCACUGAUAUUUGGUCUGCUCUUCAUGGCCGUCUACAGCCUAUCUCAUGGGGAGAUCACCUAUGACCCUCUCUAUGCUGUCUUUGUGAUCUUCUCCUUCACCUCGGUGGUGGACCUCGUCAUUGCACUCCAAGAAGACGGCUACGUGGCAGGCUUUAUGGAUUUCUACACCAAGGAGGGUGAGCCCUACCUACGCACAGCACAUGGCAUCUUCAUCUGCUACUGGGAUGGCACUGUGCACUACCUACUCUACCUGACCAUGGCUGGUGCCAUCCGCAAAAGGAAAAGGUACCGGAGCCUGGGGCUGUACUGGCUGGGGUCGUUCGCCAUGAGCCUCCUGGUGUUCCUCCCGGGAAACAUCCUCGGUAAAUACAGUUCAGAGAUCAGGCCUGCCUUCUUCCUCGCCAUCCUAUACGUGCUGGUCCCAUGCUGGGCUGGUGUGAGGAUCUUCAGCCAGCCCUGUGCACCCACCUCCUGCACCCCCGACAUGGUACAGGAGGAACAGAACAAAAGCCUUCUCCAGCGCCCAGCUGACCUGACACUCGUGGCGUAUCUCAUCCUUGCUGCGUUCUUCACUCUCUUCCGGGGCCUGGUGGUACUUGACUGCCCCACAGACGCCUGCUUCAUCUACAUUUACCAAUACGAGCCGUACCUGCGGGACCCUGUGGCCUACCCUAAGUUACAGAUGCUGAUGUAUUUGUUCUAUGCUCUACCUUUCUACUGCCUGGCUGCCUAUGCCCUCACCUUCCCUGGCUGCUCCUGGCUGCCGGACUGGGCCUUGGUGUUCGCCGGAGCCAUUGGCCAGGCGCAGUUCUCACACAUGGGUGCCUCCAUGCACCUGCGCACACCCUUCACCUACCGUGUGCCCGAGGACACCUGGACCUCCUUCUUUCUGAGCAACAUGCUGUUUGCACUGGGCCCGCACCUGCUGGCAUUCCGCUGCCUGUGGCGGCCUGCCUUCUUCAUGCGAGCACGGCCUUUGGCACCCCAGGACCAAAGCAAGAAGCAGCAGUGAGCGUGUGCACUUCUCUGCAGGGCACUCUGCCUGUGCAGCAGGCCUUGGCCUCCAAGAAUAGGUCGUCCCUUUUAAAGCUGGAUGGACAUCUGGGGAAAUUGCAAUCCAGGCCAGGAAGGAGCAUAGGAGACCCAGAGGCCACAAGGACUCUAAUGCCCUCUCCUGGAAUUUACCCAUCACCUGCCCACAUCCUUUUAAUAAAAGCCCUUUUGAUGUCUAGGA